AGAUCGGAGAUCGUAUGACAAAGAGUAAACAAGGAGCCCAGGGAAAGAGGCUCUCUCUCUUCAAUGCAGCUUCUGGCUCCUUCUGAGAAUUCAAAAGAAGACUCCGUAGGAAGGAAUCAACGGCCGGUACAAUUAAGACUUGGAGAGGAUGCCGUGAUGCCCCGGACCACUCCUUGAGGUGAUCAGUAAUCUGGCAUUCCUGAAGAGAAAGCUGCUUGGGACAGGCCACGCCGUUUUCCUGCCUUGGUCUCCGUCGGGAUGGUUUUUCCGUGGCUCCGACUUCCCUUCCUUCUCCUCUUCCAUCUCCUGUUUGCGUCAGCCCAGCUGUGCGAAAUCCCUGCAGGAGCCCUUGAGCUCAUCCAGACCCUGAAUUCGGACCUCCUAAAGGUGGCGGGAGAUGGGUCCCAGGAGCCAAACCCCAGCCUCUAUUUGGCCCUUCGACUCUCCAGCCAGCACAACCUGGAGAAGGAAAGGGAGUAUCUCAACCGACUGACAGACGUCUUUCAGCCUCAAAGCAGUAGCCCUGGGAUGCCUUCUGAGCUCAACCGCCGGAAGAAACCUGGGACAGGAGAGCUGGCAUUAUACCUCCUGGCACAGCGGGCCGCUUGUCAGGACAUGGAUACCCCAGAGAGGAACCGAAUGGUGACCCGGUUGAAGCUUCUCCUGAAUAAAGAAAUGAAGCAGAUUGGUCACAAGGAGAAAGGCCACCCCAUCACCAACUAUUACCAAUACAGUUUGGGGAUCCUGGCUUUGUGCAUUCACAACAAGAGGACCGAUCCCGAAGUGAUCUGGAAGCUGCUGUCGGCUGAACACAACGGCAGGUUUUAUCACCACCAGACACUCUCCGUAGACACGGAAGCCAUGGCCGGCUUGGUUUUUGUCUGCUUGGAACAAAGCCCUUCAUACCCCCACAACCUCCAGGUUGGCGUGCGCAGAGCCAUGAAACGAGCGAAAGCAAAGAUCCUGGAAGCUCGGACUCCCGACGGGGUUUAUGGGAACAUCUACAGCAGCCCCCUGGCAGUGCAGUUUUUGAGUGCUGUCGGAAUGAGGCAGAACCAACAGGAGUUCUCCAGCGGCAUGGCGGCCCUGAGGCAGAGACUGGAACGGGGAGACUUCCAGAACAACGUGAUCCGGUCACAGCUGCUGCCUGCCUUGUAUUGCAAGAGUUAUGUGGACAUUGCCAGCAUGGCGUGCCAAACUCAGACAGACAGUUUCAUCCCGGAUCUUUCCCUGUCGAAACCUCUGGGGAUCGAUCUGACACGGAAUAUCUCUAUCCGGCUAGAAGUCAGGAACGCCUUUCAGUUACUGUACCAAAAUGUCCUGGUGGUUCCUUGGGGAUCGACUCUUCUAGACGUCCUGGAAGCCGCAGCCAAAGACGUACUCCAGCCUUUGAGGUAUGAGACCCAGAAAACCCUCUCCGGCCCCAUGCUGACGGGAGUGAUGGGAGAGAGGCCACAAGAAGGCGAACGCAGAUAUUGGAGGAUUCUGCGGCAUCCCAACAGCAGUUUGGACCAAGGUAUUGCUGAAUACACCCCACAAGAUGGAGACCACAUUAUUUUGAAGAUGACCUCUUGGUAGAGACAGAUUCCUACCCCUGGGCAGGCCCGGCUGUCUCUUCACGAACGACGGGCAUAUCUACGGACUUGUCCUGGGAGAUUUGCAGCACGUUCUUUUCCUCGGCCUCUUUAACCUUGAGGACUAGGAUCUUGGGUUUUUUCUUUUUUUAAAAAAGGCCUCUUUUUAUUUCAGUCCAAAGUCCAGCGAUGUUUAAAAAAAAGAAAGAAAGAAAGCACGAACCCAACAACCUACAAAACGUAAGCACGGCCUACAAAAAAAGUAAAAUUUUGUUAAAAUUGAAA